GGGUAAUCAAUAUGGUGGUAUGUACCCAACGAUGGUGUUAGAUUCGAAUGGUGAUGAGAUAGACAACCCCGUUCGCGUUACCCAAGAACAGUGUGGGGAAUCAGCACACUUUCUGGAUAUGCAAAUAGGGCAAGACAUUCCUGGUAAGACUUGUAUCGGUAUGUAUAAUAAGCGCCAACAUAUGGCUACGCUGAAGCGAUAUCGGAUAUCGGGCAUUCCCACAUUGGGAAACAGUGUUAUCUACUAGGUGUAACAUGUCGACGUUACACUGUCAAAUGUGCCGAUUUGCUAUUAGAUGUACUGACAUUCGAUUUUUCCAAGCUGCCACAGCCAGAUUGAUAGCUGACAUGCUUGCACGUUUCUAUUCUAGUCGACUUAUACGUAAUACUUUACACAAUUUCAUGUAUACCUUUUUUCGUACCUCGCCAGUGACUGCAAACAUCGUGGGUGUAAAUGCACCUAUGGUGCGGAAUUCAUACUGGAAGAAUGUGGAGUUGGGUUUUUGGAAUCGAGUAGAUACGAAUGAAUUUUUGGUAGAUUAGCCUGCGUGCGAUUGUCUUUUCCUUUAUUGGGUAGUGUCCCGUUU